GACAACAGGUGGGGAAAAAAUAACGCCUCGCAACCGGUAUUUUAGAGCUGCUUGGUUUCGGUUUCAACCAUUCGGUUUAGCCGUUUAUUUCUGUUGACGCAUGCGUGUGUAGAGCGUCCUCUAGUGUCCGCUCUCUUAACUCUCUCUCCGGUGUGGUUAGUAACGCUUUGACGCUGUUCCGUUUCCAAGAGCAACCACAAGCACCACAGGGCUCUCUUCUCGCUAGCUCCUGAACAUCAUUUACCACAGUAUUUUACAUUAUAGUGCCUUCUUAUAAGCAAGCCUUAUGUUAACGCAUAAUAUUUUAUUCUAGAGUCGUAUAUUUUCUCUUCUUGUCACGUUACAACUCCUCCGCAUCCUCCUCCUGCUGUAAUGGCUGAUUUGGGGUUUAAUGAACACCAUCAGAAUGAGGCAAUAAACUACAUGCGCUUUGCCCGCUCUAAACGGGCUCUGAGACUGAAGACCAUCGACUCCUGCUUCCAAGACUUGAAGGACAGCAGGCUCAUCGAGGAGACGUAUACGGUGGACGAGGUGUCUGACAUGCUGGAUGGGCUGCAGGUGCUGGUGCAUGGAGAGGUGGAGAUGGAACUCAUAAACACAGCUCACACUAACGUGCUGUUGCUGCGACAGCUCUUUUCCCAGGCGGAGAAAUUCUACCUGAGACUGCAGACAGACAUCUCUGAGCUGGAGAACAGAGAGUUACUGGAACAAGUGGCUGAGUUUGAGAAGACUGAUUUCAAACCCAACAGUAAGGUAAAUCAGGAAUCCAAUAAGCCAAAAUUAGCACCACUGAAUGAAGGAGGUGUGUCUGAACUACUCCAGAAGGAGAUUUCUAGACUUCAAGAGGAGAAUGAUAAAUUGAAAUCUAGACUCCGAACUUUGGAAUCCCAGGCCAUGAGUGCUCUAGACGACAAGUCCAAAGCUGAAAGGGCCUUGAAAGACCUUCAGAAGAACCAAGGAGAUCACCAGUCUGCAAUGCACGCUCAGGAGAUUGCUAAUCUGGAAGAUACAGUAGCAGUGUUGCAGGCUGACUUUGAGAAAACUCUGAGUGCCAACGUUGCUUCUCAGAAAGACCUGCAAGACAACCUGGUAUCUGCCAAACAUGACCUGCUCCGCAUCCAGGAGCAACUUUCCCUUGCUGAGAAGGAACUGGAGAAGAAGUUUCAGCAGACCGCUGCUUAUCGAAACAUGAAGGAGAUUCUCACUAAAAAGAAUGAUCAGAUAAAGGAACUGAGAAAGAGGCUACAGAGGUAUGAAUCGGAUGAGUGAUUGUUUAACCUACAGGACACACAUGCAGAGGUCAACAAAGAUACUUUUAAUGAAUACUAAAGGAAGUGAAGUAUUUUUUUGCAGAGAAAGCUAAACAUUUCGAAAAGGCAAGGGACCAAAGAAUGAGUAACAAGAAGGGAUUUUGUCAUUUUUCAUCAGUAAGACCAACAUCUGACAUAUCAGCAACACCUUGCUGUACGAUUUAGUAGUCUACAGUGCUUUAGAGAUAUUAUUCAGACAUGACACUACAAUUGCUUAUUUCUCAUUUCUCUGUGUUCUUCAGUAUCUUUGGCUGGUUGCCAGAGAAGCACUUCAUACAAGUACCUUCAUGUUUUUUGCACAGGGAUAUUGUAUGUUCUCUUUUCUCAAAAAGAAAUGUAAUGCCCAAGGCCUUGUUCCCAUUUCUCAGAGAUGCAUAUAUCCUUGACACUGCUGCAUAAAUACUUUCUGGGUAUGACACACCUUUUCUCUUUGUUCCAGAUCACAACACAUCUGCACAUCUUUUUCUCUUUCUUUUUUCUAUUUUUUUAUACAUGCGUUAAUCUACAAGAAAGUUUAGCUGCUACACCUAGAAUAACCUGCAGAGUUUUAAAAAAUGUGUAGAUGAUAAUAUCCCAAAGGAAAUAUCUUUGAAGCCUGCAUAUUAUGCAUUAUAAAGGUAUUGUUAAUGCAUUAUAACUCAUUUAUAAGGCAUUAUCACACAUCUUAUAAUCAGUUACAUUUUCUCAUAAAUAAUUGUAACCACAGGUAUAAAACAUAAUAAAUACCUAUGCAUGGUUAUACCUGUACAUAAAAUACAGUAUAUGUGUAAUAUGCAUUGUAAUCUUUAAAGGCGGAGCCAUGAAUAUGUAGAUAUGACAACUGUUGUUACAGUAAUUUAUAAAAAUAUAUAAUGGAUUACAUUGUGUGUUAGAUGGCAUUAAGAAUAGUUUUAUAAUACAUAAUAUACACAGAAGCCAUGGCAAACACAUACAUUAGAAAGUGUUACUGAAAUGUCUUAAAGAGUUUAUGUAAAUGUUUAAUUUGUGUGACUAUAGUUGGAAACUGAUUGACUGUGCUGUGUUAUUAUUUAUAUCGGCCCUCUGAACAAUCCUAAAUUUGUGUUUAUUCCCAUUCUGGCGCACACCACAGUGGGGUACCAGUCCACAUCCUUUGAUGAAUUUUUUGCUUUUUCAUUUUGAUUUGAAUAUUUUGUUUGGAGUUCAGUGUCACAGACUGCACUGAAUUCUCUUUGAAAAGCUGAAAAGUAUCUACAUUUCAACGCUAACAGGCUAAUUAGACUUAGAAUGAAGUCUUCACAACAGUGGAACACCAGUGCUUUCAAAUGUGUCCUGUAUUUGCACAUUCAUUGUAAAGUUACAAGCUAUCCACAGUAUAUUUUUGUAUGACUUGUGUCCUUUUCCCUUCAAUCAGAAAGGAUUGCUUGAAUAACUGUAUGAGUGAUGUGACUCUACCUGUGGUGGGGGUCUUUUAUUGUGUGUAACCUUUUAGUGCUGUAACCUUAGUGAGCAAAUACAAUGGUUCACAAUAUGAAGACUCAUAAACUCAUAAAGUCUGCUUUUGCAGUA